GCGGCUAGUUCAGUAUGUUGCAGAAUGCAGAAUGGCGCGGUUGAAUGUGAUACGAAGUUGUGGGAAUAUGAAGCUCCAUAAAUUUCUCCUUUUUUUCAAUGUCUUGGACAUUGUCUACAAAGUUGUGCAGAGUGUUGACGGACACGCACAAGGGUUUGUGGAGGCAGGUAGUGACAUCAACGGACUAGUCGAUGGCGUCCUUGCACAAAUUUCAGAGCCAUCGGCAGUUAGCAGUUCGUCGCCUGUCAGCUUUGCAGACUUGGAAGACAGUAGCACAAACAUGUACGCAAGCCCGAUAGCAUUUGAGCCUGCUUUCAUGGACUUCAAAUCACAACCAUUAAGUAUGCCUGUGCGUCGACGUGUUGUUGUGAAGAAUCUGAGUCCUGAGUCGAGCAUAGAAAUGCUGUCUAUUAGUGGCAACACAGCUAACUUUCACUGUUCCUUCUUUCAAGAAAAGAGGAUAUCACCAGGUGGAAACACCACAUUUGACAUUGUGUACCUUGGAAGGGAGCGGGGACUAGUUGAAAAUAUAUUAUUUAUUCACACAUCGUUAGGCUCCUUCAAGUACCAGGUGUCGGCCUUUGGAAAAGAGAAUCCGUACAGGUUACGACCGUUUGUUGGGGUGCGCAUGCCUCUCAACAGUAGCUAUACGCCGCUCAUCUACAUGCACAACCCUCAUAGCUCCACCAUUCAGCUAACUGAAAUUUACUCCAGUGGUGGAGAUUUGCACCUUGAAAUGCCAAACGGUGAAAACAAGAUCUCAAAAGAACUUUGGGAGAUUCCUCCGUACAAGACUAAGCCGGUGAUGAAGGCAAACUUUGUUUCCCGAAUCGAGAAAAAUCACACGGCAUUCAUCCGCAUAAAGCUCAACAGCACCACCCAUGUAGACCUUAUUCUGCCCGUAGAAGUGGAAGUUGUCUCGUUGCCUGGCAUCUUUUCACCUACGGAGACACUCGACUUUGGAGUCAUGCACAGCCAGGAUGAACCAAGGACUCUCCCUUUGAACCUCUUAAACUCUGGCCCCAAACAGCUUUACAUCACCAAUGUCAUUGUUACCCCGGUGAACGAGGCAGUCGAAGUCAAGUUUACGCCCACCAAGGUGCCCCCUGACACUGUUCGGUCCACGCAAGUUGCAACCGUGACCUACAUUCCCUCAAAAGUUAAGCACCUGAAACAAUGCUCAGGCAAGAUUGUGGUGAAGUCUAAAAACAACCAGUACAAGUUGACGAUACCAUUCCAGGUAUAUUUCAUGAAUGGGUCACUAGAGUACAAUGUGAAUGGCACAGUAUUCUACAUAGGGAGAGCGAAGAGUCUUAGCAAGUCAGACGUAAGGCCACUAAAUAUUUCCAAUACUUUCCCAGUGCCAGUAGUAAUCCACAGCAUUGAACUUCAGCCUGAGAGUCAACCUCAUUUCACUGUCAUAUUUAACUCAUCAACAGUUCUGCAGCCAAAUGAAACAAAACCAGUAGUGUAUCUCAAGUUUCACCCACAGAAGACAGCUCUGCAGCUGAAUGCAACGCUAAGGCUGCAUACGAACAUAUCGCACUUCAACAUUCCUCUCACGUGCUACAGUGGCAGGCUAACACUGAGGCUUCACCAUGCUGUCAACAAUGAGUCCUUUCUUGACUUCGGUACCCUUGGUAUUGGGAACAAGCGCAGCAUGUUUUUCGUGGUCAUCAAUGAAAACCCUAUUGAGGUGGUGAUCAAGCACUGGGGAACGAAUAUGACCAAGACAUUAGUCGAGCUGGCCACUGAAGCUGAAAACAGCAGCACACUAGUCGGAAACUACAACUUCUCGAGCGUUGUGAGAAAGAUCACCCUACUGCCCCUGCAUUAUGCACUGUUUCGAAUCAGUGUCACAGCGCCAGAGACUGAGGGCGUUUUCUGGGGUGAAGCCUCCAUCGAAACAAACCACGAGCUGCUUAAGGUCCAGUUUACGAUGAGGACUGCAAAGGGUAGCCUCAUGUCGGAUCCGAUAGUCUUUGAGAAUGCUUUUCCGGGGAAAGUAUCGUCACAGAAUCUGUAUAUCCACAGCACAUUUUCACACUCCAUGACAGUGACUUCAGUGCAAACAGUUCCUGAAGAUUCUAGGUUUUAUUUUGAAGUGACUCAGAAUGCUUCGCCUGUGCUGCAACCGAGGAGCAAGAACUGGGCAGGGAAGCUCUACUUUGACCCUAGGCGUGAGUGCAAGCAGGAGUGCUACAGUGGGUUACCAACAGCAACAACUGAGGGCCACCAGUGGCUGUCUGGACUUAACCUGCCCAGUGAUGUUGGUGAUUCCGACCUGGAGCUUUUUCAAAGCAUUCAUGGCCGCUGGUUGGCCCUGCAGGAAAGCAGGAGGCAUGUUGUCAACGUGACACUAAAAGUGGACACAAGCGAGGCACAAGGUUUCCUCAUGGAGGCGCAAGUGCUCUUUCACUGGCCAAAGCUAUCGACAAAGAAUGUUCUGAAGUUUCCGGUUACGCAAGUUGGGAACCUCACAGUGAGGCAACUGACCUUGGAGAAUCCAUCCAGCCUUCCUGUGCUGGUUCAGGUGUUGCCAUUAUUCUUGUACCCCGACUUGGAUGCAGCCCUCGCCAUGGCUGCACACUCAACCAGUAUGCUGAAUCUUUCAGCGGCAUUGAAGAGUGAGCCCAGCGUGUUCAGCCUACAGGACCUGGAGGAGUACAAUCCAAGCCCCGACAAUGUAUUCCUAGCCUAUGGCAAAGGUCUUGAGGAAUACUUCCACGUCCAGACACAUAGGAAGUCUCUGGCCUUCCAACUGACACCGGGCAUGAGAGUACGUGUGAAAGUUGGCUUCUCACCCAAGGAUGACCAGCCAGCUGCCUCUCUGUUGCUCAUUCGGAACAAUCUGACAGUGAUGAGUGCGGUGAUGCUAAAGGGCCAAGGUGGCUAUGGCCAGCUUCGUCUUGGAAACAAGGUUCCAGGUGGUGACGCUAUGCUGACUUUCGAACUCUCGGAAAGUCAUCUGAAGGACUGUGAUGGCACAAGAAGCGUGCGCCUGUCACAGCCCAACUUCACAGUACGACGAGGGUUCACAGCCCGCAACACCGGCCAACUUCCCGUGUUUGUCCAAGGGUUCUACAUCAGUGGCAAGCCUUGUCAGGGAUACGGCUUCAGGGUGUUGGACUGCCACGGCUUCGAACUUAAGCCAAAUGCCACCCGACGCAUCGACAUUGCGUUUACUCCAGAUUUCAUGCUGUCGCUCGUGGAGCACACGUUAGAGCUGCAGACAAGCCUGGGCCCCGGCCGGGUGGCCUACAAGAUGUCAGCGACAGUGCCACGACAGUACCUGGGGUUGUGCCAGGUGUCGCUGCCUCGCCCACGCUGGGAGCCCUUCAUGCAGUGCUGUGCUCUCAGUGCUGCAAUUUUCCUGCUACUCUGCGCAUUGGCAUAUGCCUACCUGGAACGAGAUCGCAUCCUUCACACAAGCUUCUACCCGCUCACCACCUUGACCGACCAGGGCGCUGUGGCACACCCAACUGGAAGGCUGCAGGCAUUUGACCUGCGUUCCCUGGCCGCUUCCCCUCCUGCUUCACAAGGGGUCCCAGCUGACAGCCAGAACUUAAGUGCAAGCUACAGCAAAGCAGCAAGCAGUUGCAGCAGCAAACGCAAGAGUCAUGACAUGCAGCAACAGCACACAGGGCCAUACAGGGUCGACACAUCAUGCCAGGUGUCUACCAGCAGGAGCUCGAUGUCCUUAUCGCGGUCGCCAGACUCUGAGCACCACUCUACACGAGACCCUGACACUGACCGGGGUGGGAACCGAAACGGUGUGCGGCGGCGCACCAAUGCCAGGCAGAAGCAGGAAACUGGCGUGCAGGCAUCUUUGCCAUCAGCGAGGUCGGAGUCGCCAGUGCGUCCAAAGCAGGCAAUGGCACCUUCAGUGCUAGUCAAAAAAGCCGUAGACGAGAGGGACGAGAGGCAGCUGGUGGCAUGGUGGAAGUUCAUAACUUGGUUUGGCUCAGAAGCAUGGAGCAGGGAACGCAGUGUGGAAGCAGUGGCAAGUGUCGCAACUCAGACAGCGGGCGACAAGCAAGUUCUUGUUGGUGAAAAGAAAGAAGACGACAGGAAGAGCAGGCGCAAGAAAAUGGUGAUCGAAGAGGAAACGUCUUCAACAACGACCGAGACAUCAAAUGCAGAUUCUGACUUGAGUGAAAAGGAUCAUACAUUGUUGCAUCUGCCAGAUGUGUGCACAUCAGCCAAGUUGAUAAAAGGCAAGCGGCCAAAGCUAAAAGGUUGCGCUGAACCAGGCAGCAGCAGAAGUCUGUCUGAGGCCAGCAACCAGUCACCUUUUGGCACGCCUCUGUUUGCAUCUGAUGCAAACCUUGCAGAUGAAAGCUUCGAGGCUUGCACAAAGCCGAAAACGCACAAGAAGACCAAAAUUGAGAGGAAGAGAGCACAUGACGAAGAAGUAAUCAGGCCAAGCACAUUGGAGCUGCCUUACAAGCCGAAGACAAGCAUAGAAACCAAAGAACCACAUGUACCGCGACCUGAAGUCUUAAGGCUAUCCACUGAACUCAGGAAAGCAGCUGAAAUUAAAAUGAAAGCACGGUCUUCUUCAUUUGAGAGUGAGCCUGAAUCGCACUUGAGGAGAAGCUCACCACCUCCGCUAUGGGAUUCGCCAAAGGAAGCUAGGUGUGCCGCAGAUGAUGCAUUGGCAGAAAUAGCCAGGCAGACGGAAAACUUUGCCCUUCAGCAAAAGAGCACACGGAUGAGCCGCCCAAUUAGCUACUCUGCGGCUGUGGCUGGUUCCAGCUCAGCCAGGCAAUCGAGGGCACCAGGCAGCCCGCCUCGUCCUGCUGCACUUCCCACCAGCCGCAGCCCUGGUGUUGUCGGCCAAAAGCCGGCUGGACUUGCCGUGGAGCCUCCACUGAAGACGAAAUCCGCUCCGCUCGGCCAUUCCUGGGAUGCCAUGAGCAGCGCACUGCCGGACCUUCCAAUCGACACAUUUUCCUUAGCGGAUAAACCAAAGGAACCUUGGCCUGAACCAUCAGAUUCCAAGCAGGAAAUUGCGCCUGCGCUCAGAAACAUGUGUGCUUCUUUCUCACCGGGUAACCUGCGGACGAGCAGCGCAUACUCUGUACCUUCUCCGGAAGCCACUUACUCUCCGUGGUCAACACCGAGGCCCACACCUGGGGACUUUGCAUCCCCCUGGAAAGGCGCAGCAUCCAGCAACGCACCAGUUGGGAUAGUCACCAAGAGCCAGUGGGGUGCCCCAGAUGUGAGAACACCCACAAUGCACAGUGAAGCUGACCGCUGGGCGCCCAGUCCUCCGCAGCGUCCCAUUGGAUGUAAUGAUACCACGCGAGUGAAGAGAAGCUCAGUAGAAAAGCCCCAUUUAUGGGAACAGGCACCAACACCACCAGCCCCAGCUGUUGCAUUGCCAUCUGUGUGGGGCUCUAGCUGGUGGAGCAGCGCCUCUGUAACGUUGCCUUCUGGAACACCGCGGUCACCUGGAAGCUUGCCUCAGGGGGACACAUCACCCACCGAAUCCAUGGCUAAUGUGGUGUCAUCUAUAGGAUUGGACUCGCCAGACGCCAACUUAGAACCAGCAGCAUCCUUUGAACAGCUAAAUCCAACCAGUCUGGGCACAGCGCUGUCACACAGCAUUUGGACACAGCAGCAGCCGACUGGUAUUUCUCGCCCAUGGAAUUACAGUCUGUUCCAGGACAACGCAACCAUGCCAGUGGGCCAUCCCCCAGUGGGAAACAGCGGCAGCUCCAUCAAGGGUCCGCACGCCCCAUUGGGGUGGCAGGACAAGGAAUCCUUCUGAACAGCGAGAAUGCCCACCGCUCCCAGUGCACACACACACACCUCCCAGCAAUAUUUCUACAAACUGUCAACUUAUUUGUGUUCUGCUCACUCCCUGUUUGUUUGUUUAUUUGUGUGUUUCCUCUCAGCUGGACAACUGACCAUUGCCAAAUCGCAAUGAAUGCCUUGAGACUGGGCAAUGUCGCACAAUGCCAGAACAUUGUUUUAGCGGCUGGCAUGAUUCUAUGAUGCAAGCUCGCCAUUAUAUUGGCAUCACGGCUGCGUACUUGAUGCCUUGUAGAAAUGCUUCACUUAGUGGGCAUUACAUGAAAGUUUUCAAAAACUGCACCAUGCUGUCUUCGCACAUGAAUUCCAGUUGGUCCUAACCACCCUUGAGUGAAGAAAUGGUUGCUGUUUGUAGAUGUUGCCAUACGUGCUCUGACUGGUGUAGGAAGGACAGUAUGUGAAAAAGCAUUGGAACCUGUGUGCAAGGUGUCGAAGUAAAUAUUGUUGGUAGCAUGUGACUAGCAUGCCCUAUUUUUUACACCUUCAACUAGAGGCUUGUGUUGUUUUCUCAGCUGUGUUUUUAAUGCGAAGCACCACGACAAGGUAUGAAGAUCAACACCAAACUAGUUACCUGUGCCAGCGGCCAAACAUCUUUACUUGUUCAAUCCAAUCAACUCGUGCUUUUUGCUGCAUCAAAUCUGAGCACAGUGAGCCAUCACACAUCUAUUUUUGUGGCACUCAUAGUGUGUAGGAAGCAGUGAGGCAAGGAAGAUAUUUGUGGUAGUUGGUAUACUUGCUUUUCAUGAAAUGUAACAUUCUCAUGGCUUUGAAUUGAACUUAUCAAGGCAUUUUUCUUUCCUACUUGAUAGUGUGUUCUUUUCUUUCAUUCUACGCCCAUUGAAACCAUGCAUACUGAAACUAGAAAUUACCAUUGGGUUAUUUGGUGUGUAGCUUUAAAUUCAGGAGAUAUUACUAAACAGAAAGGUGCGAGAGAACAGGAGAGCUGCUGUGCUGGUACGCAUUGUAAUACCUCUCCUGUCAUUCUUGACUUUGUACCUUUUGCACAGCUUGGUGAAUUCAUCUUGUUAAAGACUUCUGAUUUUUCAAUUAACUAAUACAUGCUUGUUAAAUCUAUUUGAUUGCAGGCAUUAAGGAAACUGCUUUGUCGGUGGAUACAACUGAUGUGCUGCUACUGAAUAGUGUGGUUCACUAGGAAGAGAAACACAAGAAUGUACAGCUAGUGUUUUCCAGCAGGACCGCCUUCAAUGAAAGAUUUGCUCUAACUGUAGCACAGAAGUGAAGUCACUUUUUUUUUCUUUCUUUCUUUUUGCCCCAAGGAAGAAAAACUUGUUUUUAAUCUAUAACAUUUAAUUUAGAGACACUGGCAGAAGACAAGCCAAGACUCUGGCUCAUGCAUGGUGCACGUGUGUGUACCAUUUUUAUGUGGAUUACAGCCUGCUCUUUACAGGUGCCGUACGCUCAUGUGUUUUUUAUGAUAGUGGACCAUGCCACACACUAAAGCAGCACAGUGUUAAAUUCUGCUGUAAAAAAAAAGAAAAAAUACCAUAUUACAUAAUGUGAUGUGUGAGCUGGCUAAUCUGUUCUGUGAAGUUCAUUUGCAUGUUUCAACUUGGGCUUGCCUUAUGAGGAUUUCAUGUGUAGCGAUACAGUGGCUAAAUUUAAUGCUAAAGUUUUCAUCCAACAUUCUGCGCACAAUUGUCCUUGUAGCUCGCUGGUGUUGAUUAUCUAAUUCAUUGAUAAAUACUGCGAGUAAGAGUUGUGGGCCUACUCAAAAAUGGCUGGCUGAGAUAAGACUCUUGUUCAUGUACUGUAUCUGGGUUUGGUGGGAGAGUGCGAGGUUCAGGAAAUAAGCUGUUGUGCACGUACUGCUCCCAUUAAACCAGAAGUCUUGCAUGGCAUUUAGUACAUGGACCUACAUGUUCUGCAGGUUUACCCCGUAUGCUUGCAUUUUAAUAUCCUGAAAUUAACUCUUUUAUUUUUUCUUCUUUUGUGGUCAAGUGGAUACCUCAUUGUUGCCUAGUCAGGGUUUGCAAAGUUUUAGUGAUAAAGUGGCUGCUGCAACGAGCCCUGGUGCACAAAGCACUUGCGGAGUGCAGUUCCUGUUGCGGAGAUGCACCUUUUAUCCUUUUAGCAGUAGAGCGGUAUCACCGGUGCACCGUGUUUUUGGCGCCAGCGUUGUAAUAUAUUGGCUCUGUUCUGUGCACUCUUUUAAGGCUCUUCUAGGACAGCAAAUUGUAUCUUUAUAAAAUUGAGGGAGGUUUACAACUCGGGCAUUGUGAGAAAUAUAUUUUAAGGUGCAUUGUUGCUCACAUUGUUCUGCCAUCCUUACCCAUUGUAAGCACCCCCCGAGAGAAAGACCCGAGAUUAGUGUUUGAUUCAGUAAUGCCUUGCCUGUGGAAUGAUCUCCUGCGACCUCCUCUUGACAAAAUUGAUAAUUGACAAAAGAAGGGGGGUUGGCUGUGAUUUACUGCUUAUGAAAAAAAUUUCAUGUUUCAUGUGUAGACCGGUGGACGUUGCAUUCUGCGAAGUUGUUUUAAUUGCUUUCUGUAACAGAUUAAUUUAUUUUUAUUGUUUGAAUCAUUUACAUUGUUACAGCUUCUGCCAAAGUAGUGUGCAGAGUCAUGUUUUAUCAUCAUUCUUCAGAAAGAUAUUGGAUUUUUGUGUAGUAAGUGAAUACGUAAAAAAAAAAUAAUAAUAAUUGAAGGAGCAGAUACUGUGUGUUAGUGUUGCACCUUUAGCAGUGUGUGCUCAAACACACUGAGGCUCUUUAGCCUUGUUGUAAAGCACUGCCAGAACAGCUGUUUUUUGUUGACGUUGCAAGAAACGUGGCUUGCACAGCACGCCGUAGAGUUUUCCUACUUAACUAUUUUCCUUUGUUCUCUGUGUAGCGGUGGGCUUGUGAUGAGACGAGUGCAGACCCUUCGUGUUGGCAUCUUUUUUUUUUUUUUUUUUUUUUCCCCUGUGCUGGAGUGAUGGAUUGAUGUGUGCUUAAUGCUGUGUUAGAGCAAAUGUGCCCUGUUCCCAUGUUAAAAAAGAAAAAAAAAAGACUAUAGCAGAAAGAAGUACCACACCUGUUUGGCUGCUGCAGUUGCCUAACAUGGUCAACACUGCCGCCUGCUGUGCUGUUGUCAGUUCAAUGUUUGCAGAGUUCCUUAAAAAAAAAGGAAUUUCUAUUGGAGCUUCGUUAUCGGCUCAUCAAAAUAAAGAGAGUCCAACACCA